AUGCAACAACUAUAUGCGGCGCAUGAAGAACGACAUGGUUUUCCAAGUAUGCUUGGAAGCAUUGAUUACACAAAAUGGAUAUGGAGAAAUUGUUUUAUGGCAUGGAAAGGUCAAUACACAAGUGAUCAUCUUGGAGCCCCUUCGUUGGUAUUAGAGGUUGUUGCUUCACAAGACUUAUGGAUUUGGCAUGCUUUUUUCGGAGUUGCGAGUUCUAACAGCGAAAUAAAUGUUCAUGAUCACUCAUCAAUAUUUCAUGACUUUUUGACAGGAAAGGCAUCAGAUGCUCCUUUCACAGUGAAUGUUCAUGAGUAUACAUUUAGGUAUUACCUCACGGAUAGAAUAUAUCUACCAUAUUCCACGUUUAUGAAGGCGUUUCGACACCCGAUAGAAGAAAGAAACAAAUUUUUCAAGAGAAGACAAGAAGAAACACAUAAGGACGUGGAACAUGCUUUCGGAGUUCUAAAAACAAAAUGA